AUGGCUGAGAAAAGUAUGUUGGAGGUCAUGAAGGCCGAAGGGGCAGUGUUCGAGAAUCCCAUUUCCCGGUCAGCACUGAGAACGGUAGCUCGUAAACACAUUGGUGACACUGGACUCUUAGACCACCUACUGAAGCACAUUGAUGGUAAAGUGGCACCAGGUGGCACUGAGCGGUUUCGUCGGUGUUAUAACACUCAAGGGAUAAUGGAGUACUGGCUGGAGAGUGCUGACCUGGUUAAAAUUAAGCAGGAGGCUGGGGUGCCAGAUCCAAACUAUGUUCCCCCAUCUUGGUGGAGGCCUGGUAGUGCUUCACGAGAUUCUGUUUCUGCUGAAGAAUUGACUCUGCUUAAAGAGGAAGUAGCAAAAAUGAAGAGGGAUAUGGAGGAGCUGGUAUCUAAUAAUCAAGAGCAGCAUCAAGCUAACCAAAUUGGGGAUAUUUACAAGGAAUUUGUGGAAUGGAGAGGUAAGACAGACCAGCGCCUGAUGGAGAUUUCAAGUUCUUUGGGUGGUUUGCAGAGCAUGUAUAAGGAGGUGAUGACAUGGAAGUCCAAGACUGAACAACAACUCAAGGAAAUCUCAAAUUCACUUAGCAGCAUGCAGGCAUCAAAGCAAUGCACUACCCUUAGUCCAGUUUCUGAAAGAUGGGAGGACUGGUUGGAGGGCACCAAUUUGGAUAAUCUUCAAGGGGAAGACUUUGCACCUUGGUUAGAGAACACUGAUUUGGUUAAUGUUCGGCAGAAUGCCUCACUGCAAGAACCCUACAAUGCCAAUCAACCUUGGUUGAAACCCUGUGAUAGAUCCUCUCAGGAGCCUGUUUGUGCUCGAGAGCUGGAGCUGCUUAAGGAAGAAAUGGCCAAAAUGAAGAGCAGAGAUGUGCUGGAGCUGGUACCCAAGAGGAUGGAGGAAGAUCAAGCUAAUAUGACCCCUGAUUCAUCUGCCACGGCCAAUUCCAAGUCAGAACUUGACAAUUCAUUUUCACACUUUCAGGAAACGUUCAAGGACUUGGGAAAUUGGAGAGGGAAGAUGGAACAACAGAUGCUGGAGAUUUCCAAUGCUGUUGAUACUUUACAGGCAUCAAAGCAACACUUCACCUGA